UGGCCGCCGGAGCCGGGCGGGCUGUGGGGCUCAGCGAGCGCGGCGGGGCUUGCGAGGGAAGCGGCGAGUGCGGUCUGCUGCUGCGAGACUAUGCUGAGCGGAGCGCUCGGCCGGGUCGCAUGUGCGCUGCGGAGGUCGCGAGCACUGCAGCCUGGGGCCUCUCUUCGGUGCCUGCACACGUCAGGGUCGCGGCCGUCGGUGGACCGGCGCGAGAGGGCCGAGGGCGCCUUCGACCCGGCGCUGCUGGAGUUCCUGGUGUGCCCGCUCUCCAAGAAGCCGCUCAGAUAUGAAGCAUCAACAAAUGAAUUGAUUAAUGAAGAGUUGGGAAUAGCUUAUCCAAUCAUCGAUGGGAUUCCUAAUAUGAUACCACAGGCAGCUAGGAGGACUCAGCAGUGUAAGAAGCAAAAAGAGUAACAUCAGAAUUUAAAACUACA